AUGGCCGCCGAUGGACUGCCGCCGCCCGACUGGGACCACUACUACGCCAGCCUCUACUCCCGUCGCGUUGACCUGGUCGGCGACUUUGCCGGCAGCGAGCCUUUUCUCGUCGAAGGCGACUCUCUUCUGCUCCACUGCUUUUCCGACCGGCUGCUCGACUUCAAGGAUGGCUUCCAGAUGCUGCAUGCUGUUUGGCUUGUCGAACACUUCUUGCACAAUCUUCAGCGCCGCAACUGCAAUUUCCAUCUCGCCUUUUUUGACGAUAGAGACCAUCUCUGCAUCCCACCCCAUGCCAACCAGGCCGAAAAGGCAAAGUACCGCCUCGCCCGUGCCGUUGUUGUGCGCCAUCUCCAAGCCAACCUCGCCCGCGACGCCUCUCCCAUCAAACUCUUCACCUUUCCGUCGCCUGAUAGCCACUCAUUCAGGACUGCCCUCGCCGCUAAUGCCUACAUGUUUGUCAUGAUGAAUGAUGGCGCUGCUGACCCUUGCCAAUGCACACAUCAUGCGCAAUCGAAGCACGAGCUUCGUCUUGCCAUUUGCUUGCUUGUCACGUGCGGUUACAGUGUCGCCUUGAUCAAUGGCCUCGAAUGGCGGGAUACCAAGGCCAUCACUGCCGUCAUCGAGGGCGAGAACAGCUCGCAUAGGCCCAGCAUGCCCAAGGCCGACGACCAUGCUGCUCAGCCGGACGCGGAUGCAUUCGGACGCGAACUGUACGACGCUCUAAGUGAGCAUCAUGGACGCGCCGAGCAAAAGCUUUCAGAACGUGUUUACCUCGCUAUCGCUACCGCGGCAAAUCUGGUCUCUGCCGGAGAUAUACCUCACCCUGAUAUCGCGGCUUUCUUCCGACAUGCUGUGCUUCAGAACCAGCUAUCCCUUGAAUCGCGCUCUUCCAACUCUUCUGCGUCAACAGAGGCAUCACAACGCUUUUUCCACCAAUUUUCAGAAUCUGCACUGGCAGUCAUGAAUUCUCCGUUGUGGAAGACCUUUCUGGACGAGACAGAACUGCCCUGCGACGUCGGUGACCUUGUUGAUGGCAGACUGUACAAUACCGUCGUUGCUGGACGUAUCCCACUCCCGCAUCUGGACCAAGACUUCACAAGCCUCGUCGCUUCAUUGGUGGCGCUAGACACCACGGAACUUGAGCGGCAACCCUCUGGAACGGUAGACGAGUCAGUGCAAGCCCCAGAAGAGCUUUCAAAGUCUUCCCGCCAGCUUCUUCCAUUCGCUGAUGGGGUAUUCGACAAACAUUUGCAACCCGUCAAAUUGGACGGCGAUGAUCAAGCGGUCCAGCAUCCCAAAGGCAGCGCCUCAAGAGCAUUCCGUGAGUUGACUCACUGGAAUAACGUUAAGCGCCCGUUGAACCGUAAGGCUGUCUUGACCGCCAAGGAACGCGCAAACUUCUAUGCACGGCGCCGAGAUCAGCGCUUCAUGGCCGAAAUGAUGGCAUACGCCGCCAGUCUGACCAACGCCGUUGGGAAAGCUUUGGAACCCGAGACCGUCAUCACCCAGGAUGGACAAUCCGUUGCUUCGCGCGCAAGCAAGGGGCAGCAACAGGCAGGACAGUCUGCUAAAGCUGGCGGUGGAAAGAACAAACAGAAACAAGCCAUGCUGGACAAGAUCGCCGCCGAACACGAGAAGAAGGAAGCAGUCCAAAAUCAGAAGGUGAUCAACUCAUGGCAUGCAGUUUGCAAGGAUAUUCAGCGCGAUCAGCAGCCUGCUGUACGGUACUCAAAGGCUCUCCAGUAUCUGGCUUCUAUUUCAAGUUCUAAGCAGGCUGUCAUCGGCUUCGAGAUCGAACUCUACGCUCUUAACUGCCUCCUCGAGCUUUGGAAAACUUCUGUCUCGAGCAACCAGGCGUCUCCGAAUUUUGCACUUGCAGCCAAGAUCUGGGAUACUGUCGGCCGCCUCAGCAGCAAGUCUGGCAUUACAAAGACGAUGAGAGAGAAGCUUCUGCGGACUGUGGAUUCUCUUGGCCUGCCUUUCCCAAUCCCUGCAGCCGAGCUGCAAGACAGAAAGCUGCCGUUCGACUUCACGCUGCACGAGAAAGACGCCAGCUUGAAGGUUCCCUUACCGUCCAAGGAGUUUCAGCUUCUUCAUUGCGGCCCUUACUUUGAUCGCAAGAUGGACUCUGCGCCCGAUGAUCGCGUUUCGUUCGUUCCAGAUGGAUGGCAACGGAAGGUUCUUGACGUCGUUGAUGCCGAGAAAAGCCUCUUCGUGGUAGCGCCUACGAGCGCUGGUAAAACCUUCAUCUCCUUCUAUGCCAUGAAGAAGGCCCUUGAAAGCUCCGAUGAUGGUGUCCUUGUGUAUGUCGCACCCACCAAAGCUCUCGUCAAUCAGAUUGCCGCAGAGAUCCAAGCCCGUUUCUCCAAAGUGUACAAACAUGCUGGCAAGUCGGUCUGGGCGAUCCACACCCGUGACUACCGUGUCAACAACUCGACGGGCUGCCAGAUCUUGGUGACGGUGCCAGACAUUCUUCAGAUGAUGCUGCUGGCUCCGAGCAACGCCAACUCGUGGUCAUCUCGCUUGAAGCGCAUCAUUUACGACGAAGUUCACUGCAUCGGCCAGGCAGACGACGGCAUCGUCUGGGAACAGCUGCUCCUGCUCUCUUCGUGUCCGAUCAUUGCCCUCUCUGCCACCGUCGGCAACCCCGAGGAGUUCCGCAGCUGGCUCGCCUCGGCGCAGAAAGCUAUUGGGAACGAGCUUGUCAUGGUCCAUCAUCCACACCGUUACUCGGACCUGCGGAAAUAUGUCUACGUCCCACCUAAGACGCUCGCAUUCGAAGGGUUGCCCAAGGCACCAGUAGUCCCUCGCGUCGACUUGGACAGGAGCGAGGACUUCCGGUUCGCCCAUCCAGUCGCAAGCUUACUGGACCGAUCCCGUGGGAUGCCCAAGGACUUCUCACUUGAGGCUCGUGACUGCUUCACUCUGUGGAAGGCCAUGAAGGCUCAUGAGAGCGAUACGUAUGCAGUUCCGGACUCACUUGAUCCGAAGAACGCCCUCCCAGGAGUGAUUACCCAGGCUGCCAUAAUCACCUGGUGCGAAUCGUUGAAGGAAGUCUUCCAGAAAUGGAUGGCAGAACACGACUCUCCGUUCGAUUCCGUCGUUCGGGACCUCGGCCGAGGACUGCAUGAACUCGAAGCGGAAAACGACACAGCGUUGGAUCAUGCAUCGUUAUCUAGCACCGCUCUUCCACUUCUUUGUCGUUUACAAGAGCAGUCCGCCCUACCGGCAAUCAUGUUCAAUUACGAUCGCGGCACUUGCGAGUCAAUCUGCGAAAGUGUCUUGACUGAACUGAAAGAGGCGGAGGACAAAUGGAAGAAAACAUCUCCGGUGUGGGCCAAGAAGCUGGACGACUGGGAGACGUGGAAGAAGAGUCGUAAAGGAAUGUCGAAGAAAACCCCCAACAAAAAGUCCGCAACGGUGGAGAAGGGUAUGAGCAAGGCAGAUCUUGAGAAGGAGGCAGCGUCCACGGAAAUCGACAGCUGGGGAAGCUUUGACCCGGAAGCUCCUCUUGACGGGUUCCACUUCAAGGAUGCAGCCAAGCUACAGCAGUCUGAGCUGGAAGUAUAUGCGGACGAGCUUCAAUGGCGCGGCGUCCAACCUUGGCUGAUUGAGGCACUCAGCCGCGGCAUCGCUGUCCACCAUGCGGGUAUGAAUAGGAAGUAUCGACAUGUGGUCGAACUGCUCUUCCGCAAGGGCUACCUGCGGGUCAUCGUGGCUACUGGCACGCUCGCGUUGGGUAUCAACAUGCCUUGCAAGACAGUCGUCUUCUGCGGCGACUCGAUAUCCCUCACCGCUCUCAAUUACCGCCAAGCAGCCGGUCGUGCUGGCCGUCGUGGGUUCGAUGUUCUCGGCAACGUUGUCUUCCAUGGCGUCCCCGUCUCAAAGGUCCGCCGCCUGCUCAGCUCGAGCCUGCCCGACCUCACCGGUCACUUCCCCAUCACGACGACGCUGGUGCUCAGGCUCUGCAACCUGCUCUCGGAGUCCAAACACUCCGCCUUCGCCGUCCGGUCCAUCAAUGCCCUCCUGUCGCAGCCGCGUCUCUGCCUUGGCGGCGACGAGAACCACGUGACGGUGCUGCACCACCUGCGCUUCUCACUCGAGUACCUCCGCCGGCAGUUCCUGCUCGACCAGUCGGGCAACCCGCUCAACUUCGCCGGCUGCGUCUCAAACCUGUACUACACCGAAAGCUCCAACUUCGCCUUCCAUGCGCUGCUCAGGGACGGCUAUUUCCACCGCCUAUGCGCCGGCAUCCGGCAGACGCCCGACAGCAUCGAACGCAUCCUCUCUACCGUCGUGCUCGUCCUAUCACACAUCUUCGGUCGCCGCUACAACCGCCAAGUCGACCGCGAGUUCGUCGAAGAAGUCGCCAAGCGCUCCCCUUCAUCCAUCCUCCUCGCGCCGCUGCCCGCCGACGCAGCGCGCAUACUGCACGCCCACAACCGCGACGCGCUCGACGUCUUCAAGACGUACGUACGCACGUACGUCGCCCAGCACGUGAGCGAGCCCGACAACAUCCUGCCGCUGACAGGCGUCAAAUGCGGCGGCGGCGACGCAGGCUCUCCCACACCUGCGCCGCCAGCGCCGCAGUACACGAUCCGCUCCCCGUUCGUCGCCCUCUCGGGCCACACCGACGACGAAGACAUCGCCACCAUCGCGGAGCUCUGCCGCACCGUGCGCGCCGGCGUCUUCCUCGAGGAGGCCGUGAUCCCGCACGUCCCCGUUCAGGAUUCCGAAGAGGGGAGCGACGAGGAAACUCUGGAUCUCUCGCCUCUCAACGCCUACCUCCUCGAUUUCUUCAAGCACGGCGACGUGACGGCGCUGGCGGAGGCGAACGGCAUCCGCCGCGGCGACGUGUGGUUCGUGCUGCAGGACUUUUCGAUGGUGCUGGCGACGAUCGUGACGAGCUUGGAGGAGCUGCUCAAGAUGGGCGCGGGUGGGGACGGCGGGGACGAGACGAUGGAGGAGAUGGCGGAUAGGCUGUUGGAAGGCAGCACUGCUGCUGCUGCUGGUGCUGCCACUCCUGGUGUGGCGGGCAAGGAGAACAACAAGGCGCUUCCUGUGCGGGGUAAGAAGGUGGCGAAGAAGGCCGUUGCUGAGAGCUGGGACGACGAUGAUGGUGAUGACGACGAGGAGAGCUGGGACGCGGACGGUGCUGCUGGUGCGGACGAGGCGUUGAACUCGCUGGCUUGGGAGGAUGACGGAGAGGGCAGCUUGCUGGACGUGCUGGUGGCGUUUAAGAAGGUGUCGGAGGAGUUCAACGAGAAGUUCAAGGCCAUGUGGGCUUAG